AUGAAAAGAGUGAUGCCACCCACACAGGACUGGGGACUCCUCUUAGCCACCCACACAGGACUGGGGACUCCUCCUACCUUCUCCCGUCACCGCCCCUUAGCCACCCACACAGGACUGGGGACUCCUCCCACCUUCUCCCGUCACCGCCCCUUAGCCACCCACACAGGACUGGGGACUCCUCCCACCUUCUCCCGUCACCGCCCCUUAGCUACCCACACAGGACUGGGGACUCCUCCCACCUUCUCCCGUCACCGCCCCUUAGCCACCCACACAGGACUGGGGACUCCUCCCACCUUCUCCCGUCACCACCCCUUAGCCACCCACACAGGACUGGGUACUCCUCCCACCUUCUCCCGUCACCGCCCCUUAGCCACCCACACAGGACUUGGGACUCCUCCCACCUUCUCCCGACACCGCCCCCUAGCCACCCACACAGGACUGGGGACUCCUCCCACCUUCUCCCGUCACCGCCCCUUAGCCACCCACACAGGACUUGGGACUCCUCCCACCUUCUCCCGUCACCGCCCCUUAGCCACCCACACAGGACUGGGGACUCCUCCCACCUUCUCCCGUCACCGCCCCUUAGCCACCCACACAGGACUAGGGGCUCCUCCGACGUUCUCUCGUCACCGCCCCUUAGCCACCCACACAGGACUUGGGACUCCUCCCACCUUCUCCCGACACCGCCCCCUAGCCACCCACACAGGACUGGGGACUCCUCCCACCUUCUCCCGUCACCGCCCCUUAGCCACCCACACAGGACUGGGGACUCCUCCCACCUUCUCCCGUCACCGCCCCUUAGCCACCCACACAGGACUGGGGACUCCUCCCACCUUCUCCCGUCACCGCCCCUUAGCCACCCACACAGGACUGGGGACUCCUCUUAGCCACCCACACAGGACUGGGGACUCCUCCCACCUUCUCCCGUCACCGCCCCUUAGCCACCCACACAGGACUUGGGACUCCUCCCACCUUCUCCCGUCACCGCCCUUAGCCACCCACACAGGACUGGGUACUCCUCCCACCUUCUCCCGUCACCGCCCCUUAGCCACCCACACAGGACUGGGGACUCCUCCCACCUUCUCCCGUCACCGCCCCUUAGCCACCCACACAGGACUGGGGACUCCUCCCACCUUCUCCCGUCACCGCCCCUUAGCCACCCACACAGGACUGGGGACUCCUCCCACCUUCUCCCGUCACCGCCCCUUAGCCACCCACACAGGACUGGGGACUCCUCCCACCUUCUCCCGUCACCGCCCCUUAGCCACCCACACAGGACUGGGGACUCCUCCCACCUUCUCCCGUCACCGCCCCUUAGCCACCCACACAGGACUGGGGACUCCUCCCACCUCCCGUCACCGCCCCUUAGCCACCCACACAGGGGGGUGA